CGGAAGUCGUGUGGUGGAAGAGGCGCGGCCAGGAAGCGGCAAGACACGGUUUUCCCGGGAGGGACUUGGUCUCUUUUAGCUCUGACGCGCUCCGUAGUGACCCAAAAGGGUGAGGGGUCAGGCCAGAGAGUUGUAGGUCAUGGCGCUGGCCGCGCGACUCUGGCGCUUUCUCCCUUUGGCACACGGUACUGUCCGGAAACCUUGGCUGUUAACGGGUGUUGCUGGCAGCUGGGGACGGUGCUGUACUUGGCGACUCCGCGGCUCUGAGGUGAUGGGAAACCUAGGAGCUUUCAAAAGAAGCCUUUUAUUCUCAGCCUUAUCUUAUUUGGGUUUUGAAGCAUAUCAAGUAUUUUCCCAGGCUGCUGUGGUUCAUGCCAUAGCCAAAGUGUUCAGAGUUGAAGAAAUUCUUGAACAAGCAGACUACCUAUAUGAGAGUGGAGAAACAGAAAAGCUUUAUCAGUUGCUGACUCAAUACAAGGAAAGUGAAGACGCAGAGUUACUGUGGCGUUUGGCACGGGCAUCACGUGAUAUAGCUCAGCUUAGUGGAACCUCAGAAGAGGAGAAAAAGCUCUUGGUCUAUGAAGCCCUAGAGUAUGCAAAAAGAGCACUAGAAAAAAAUGAACGCAGUUUUGCAGCUCAUAAGUGGUAUGCAAUCUGUAUUAGUGAUGUUGGAGAUUAUGAAGGCAUCAAGGCUAAAAUUGCAAAUGCUUACAUUAUCAAGGAGCAUUUUGAGAAAGCAAUUGAACUGAACCCAAAAGAUGCUACCUCCAUUCACCUUAUGGGUAUUUGGUGUUAUACAUUUGCUGAAAUGCCUUGGUAUCAAAGAAGAAUUGCUAAAAUGCUGUUUGCAACUCCUCCUAGUUCCACCUAUGAGGAGGCCUUAGGCUACUUUCACAGGGCAGAGCAAGUGGAUCCAAACUUCUACAGCAAAAACUUGCUUCUUUUAGGAAAGACCUAUUUGAAGUUACACAACAAAAAGCUUGCUGCCUUCUGGCUAAUGAAAGCCAAGGACUAUCCAGCACACACAGAGGAGGAUAAACAGAUACAGACAGAAGCUGCUCAGUUGCUUACAGGUUUCAGUGACCAGAAAUGAGAAUUUGUCAGAGAAGAAAGUACAUGAAGUAUCUAAGAAACACUGCCUUUUCAUCACAUUACAAAGAUAAUACAUAAAUAAUAUAUAAACCAUAAAUGUGUUCUAUGGCUGUUUUCUCAGUUUUUUUAAUGUAACCAUUUAACAAAUUUAAAUAUACAAAAUCUUAAGUUUCUUCACAGGUAACAAGGCAAAAGAAAUAAUUGCCAUAAGAGUGGUAAGGAUAUCUCCCUGGCUCAGAGGCAGAGAUAUUGUGCACUUAGGACACCAACAAUACAAAGUGGUAUAAGACUUCUAAGGGAGGAUGGAUCACAUCAGAAUGGGACAUCAAUAAAAGAAAGUUUUGUUUAAGAGGUGGCAUUGGGGGAAUGCAUUGUCAAGUUGGACUGAUGCAAAGUUGAGAUCUUGCAGAGAAGGUGCAGUGAAAAUUAGGAGGUUAGGAUGUUGAGGGUUCUUGGUAUAAAGUAGUUAAGUGAUGGAUCUUGGAACCAACCUGCAUAAGGAAAAAACUCAAGUCAGGAGAGGAUGGAAAAUGGGAGUGGUUUCUUCUUUUAAUGUGACAUAGACCCUCAAGUGGAGGACUGAUUUUUGUCACUAGACAAAACCCAAAUUCUAUUUUCUAAUGUGAAAGGAACGCAGAACUCAAGGGUGAAAUAGAAAUGAAGAUGUUUUAAAUAGGACAGUACUACUUGAGGCUGGGAUGCCCCCACUGCAGAACUGUUUUAUAAAAAGGAUAAUCUUGAAUGUAACUUAGAUAAACCAAAGUAUGUGUAGAGGUGGGUUUUCCCCCAAAGGAUUUGGGAAUUGUAUUGUUAAAGUAAACUCUAUUGGUAGGGGCUGUUUCUGUGUUAUCCUCAAUAAAACCAGGAUGUGUAUGUAUGUUCGAACUUGAAAA